UCGGCUGCCUUUGUCGAAGCAUUGGCAAGCUUGCUCCCCUGUAUCCUAUCCAGAGUCAUUGGCGCGGAGAGUGGCAGGGCAGCAUGCGGUUGAAUGAAGGUUGAAGGUUGAUUGACUCAGCUGUCUGCGUGCCCUGCUUGGGCUCGGCGUGGGUGCCAUUCCUUGCUCUCCCCGGCUCGUGCACCCCCUUCACAAACUGUGAUUGGUGGUGACCGCCAGCAUGUGGGAAAGCAGUAUUGCUUAUGGCAAUAGCGAUGAGCUGCCAGACGACUAUACCGAUUUGGCCGAACGAGUGGCUACCGAUAUUCUCAACGCGACGCUCAAUGCAGACCUUGAGGCAAUGCUGAGUCGGGCCAUGUCUCGCGAUAGAAACAACGCUUUUGCCACGGCAUUGCUCAAGGACCUGGUCAAGGUGCUCGUCAUGGGUCAAGAGCCAAGGAGCAUCUCCACCAAGGCUGCUGAACAGCAACUGGCCCGACACAUCCAGGCUGGUCAAUGGCAGGGCAACCUGAAUAUUCCACAGCUCAUCGUCCUGAUUCAUGUGGUGGAGGUCAUGGCCCACCACGAAACGUUGCCGCUGGCGUACGCCAUUGUAUCCUUCUGCCUCAACUUAAGCGUGUGCUAUCACGAUGGCGUCCGCGAGGCAGCUUACGCGUUUGCCGAGGCUCUCUGUCAACGAUCGCCCCCAGCCAUUCUCAAACUCAUGGCCUUGAUUAGCCUCAACCCUGACCACAUGGACAUGGUCCUACCCCUGCUGCAGCGCGUAUACGUGGCCAAGCCUCAGCUGCUGCAGGUGGUUCAGGACGCCUUGGUAUUACAGCACGACCAGUUUCCCCUCUUGGCCCAUCGCGUUCUACUUCGUUGGCUGGCCCUGACACGGGUACCGCUGCUCGAUGUCACAACAUCCCUCUACGCUGCCAUUGUAGAGUAUGUUCGCCAACCACUGACCAUGGUCGAGGUUACCCUUUGCAAUUCGGCGCGCCGUCCCCAGCCAGCAGCCCCCAGCGAUCUGCUGCAGCACAGUCACCCGCAAAUUAUGCCGGGGCCUCUGCUCACGUCAUUGCGGGACUACAAGCACCAGUCCGCAUCCCAACAAAAAUCUCUGAACCGGUUGCUUGCCCAUUUCAAGCUGAAUCCGGUCUUGGCCAUUUCCGGUGCAGCCGCUUACAAGCAACUUUGCGCCCUUUCCCCGGCUGAGAUCAUGGAGCAGGCCAUGCGGCUCUCCGGCCUGCGUACUGACGGCCAAGACGGCGAGGAAGGGGAUGUCAUGGCCUCUCUUUCAACCCGUGAUGCCCAUUUGGAAAAAUUGCAGGAUGAUCAAACGGCCCUGGAGCGCGCAUCAGCGUGGGAGCUGGUGGGCGCAUUACGACAAGAAAUUGCCAAACUACAACACGAACUGGCUGCCAAGAGUCUCGAAGGUAGUCCGCUGCACGACAUGCUCGUACAGUCUGGGACCGAGAUGAUAGAAGUGGCCAAGUAUGACAAAAUGAACCUUGCGCACAAGAAGCUUGAACAGGAUUUGCGCGCCAACCUCUCUGCUGCACUGCAAGAGGCCAAUGAGCUGAAACGAGAGUUGGCUCUGACACGGGAGCGCUCCUUUUCCACCUCAAGCGUGGCAUCUCAGCCUGAAGCCGAGCUUUUGCGUCGAGACAUCCGUGCCCUUCAAGAGACUAUUGCCGAUUUGCAACGCCAGCAAAAGUGUGUCCCACAAAUGUUGCCACCUCAUGUCCACUUGCCUGCGGCCCUGACACUGUGUCCCAAUGGUGUUCCAACACCCCAAAUCGUCCUCAGACAAACAGAGCCUGUGCAAGAAAGCGGGCAAAUGGAGUUUCCAGCUGCUCUUGCCGAGCCAGCCCUUCGGAAACAGCUUCUUCUGCAACGCGAGCGCUUGGAUGGCGUCCAGUAUUUGUUGGAAGAGCAUGUCAAGGGUUUAUCAGCCCGCGUGCAGAGCACGCUCGCUGCCAAUUUGGCCCUGGAGCGCACGAUCGUCGCACGCGAGGCUAGUCUAGCCCUGUCUCAGGAAACCGUUCGCAAGCUGAAUAUCAACGCUCAACUGGAAAACGACGUUUUGCGCUUGCAAGUGCAAUUGCACGCCCACCUACCAAACCCGCAUUCCGAGGCUACAACACAUGAGUAG